AUGGCAAUGAGAGGCAAGAACACCGCCCCCCGACGGGGCACCGCGGCCACGGAGUUCGCGAUCUUGAUCCCGCUGCUGAUGCUGAUCGCGCUGGCGUGCUGCGACUUUGGACGGAUCGCGGACGCCCGGAUGGUGCUCACGAACGCGGCCCGCACCGGCGCCGAGCUGGGCGCCUCGCGCGGCUUUACCGCGUUCACCUACGACGCGUGGGAGGCGUUAGUACGCGACGCGGUGCUCGACGAGAUGCAGCACUUCCCGGGUUUCCAGGAACCCGACUUGGAUGUCAGCGUGACAACCACUGUCGGCCCAGACGACGUGGUUCAAGUGGAGGUUGGCGUAGGGCACCCGUUCCGCACGUUGAUCUCAUGGCCCACGCUCCCGAACGAAACAGCCCUCGAAGAGCAGAUCCACUUCCGACAAUCGGCCGCGUCGGCGGUCGAGUGCGCGCUAACACUGCCCGUCAUGCUGCUGGUCGUGUUCGCGUUGCUGGAUCUGGGCGUCGCAGCCGUGCGGGACAACACCCUUUCCAAGGCAGGACGGCAGGUCGCGCGUGAGGCAGUCAUGAGCAGCCGGUUCGCCCCAGCCGGGGUACCGAGUUGGGGCCCGGCCACGUACUCGGGCGCCCUGGACGACGGCCAGAUCGGCCCGCUCGUGGCGGGCACGCCCCUGCCCCUGCUCUCUGCGGAUGAAGUCGCGGUGACCGUGGAGUGGAUCGAUGGCGACAACGCGCCGGGCGAUCGCGUGCGGGUGACGCUUGCGUACGACCACGCGCCGUUGCUGGGCUCGCUCCUGCCGUGGGGACAAACGGCCACGAUGCAAGAGAUCACUUACACCACCUCUGACUGCCCUCACACUGCCAGUAGGCGCCACGGGAAGGUGCUCGUGCUCCUCGCGGUGCUGCUGCCCGCGUUGAUCGCGGUGGCGGGACUGGUGCUCGACGGCGGCGUGGUCAUGGACGAGCACCACCGGCUGCAGCACGUUGCCGACGGCGCGGCGACCGCGGCGGCGGUGGACCUGCGUCUGGGGAACCCGUCGGCGACGGCGAUCGCCACCGCCGAGCAGUUCGUCCACGCAACCUCAGGGAUGCCCGACGCGCAAGUUGUCGUAUCGAUCCCCCCCACUUCGGGCGACUUCGCCGGCCUGGCGAACCACGUGCAGGUCGACGUCCAGCGUGACUACCAAACCGUCAUCCUGCGCGGCGCAGGCGGGCUGAUGUCGAAGCCCAUCAGCGCACGCGCGGUUGCCGGCGUGGCCGACGCGACCGACGGCGCCGCCCUCAUGGCGCUCGACCCCGAUCCGGCGCCCAUCGAUCUCGGCGCGGUGGACGACACGUUGUCCGCCGUUGCGGUCACAUCGGUGGUCCAGCAAGCAGUCGCCCAAUCUCCGGCCGUCGACUACCUGGCAGGGGUCCCGAUCGUCGGUGGCGUGGCGUCCGCGUUGCUGUCCGAUGGGCUCGAAGCGCUGCUGCCCGAUGUUCUUACGCAGACGCUAACGCAAGCGUCGACCGACCUGGUGCCGCUACCGCUUCCCACAGUUACCGCGGGGCUCGAGGUUGAGGGCCUGGGACAAGUGCGAGUCGAGGGCGCGGUGCUGAUCAACACGACCUGGGGCGGCGUGGACCAGGACGGGCGCCCAGCAGGCGUCAGCGCGGGGCCUCCCUACGGGUCGGCCUGCAUGCCGCUGUUGCCGACGACCCAGCUACUGGCAAGCGACAUACGCGUUACGGGCGGCGUGGACGAUCAGGACCAGUACCAACCACUCGACCCGGAUGACGAGUCGCCGCUCAGGGCGAACAUGCUGCCCACGGACGACCCGCUGGAGGCUCUCCCGCCUCCCUCAACGUCGGUCGAUGCGACCAAUGUCAGCGCCGCGGUUCACGCUCCGUCCCACGCCAUCGCCGUGGCAUUGUCCGCUAGCGACGCCGCUGCGUUGCUCGGCGACGUGCUCAGCAGCCUCUCGCCGCUGCUGCAGCCGUUGCUCUCGGCCGUGCUGGCCCCGGUGUCCGACCUCCUCGAGAACCAGACGCUUCAGCCAGGAGUGUACGACUCCAUCACGGUCGUCGCGCCCGUCGGGGGCGUCGUGUUUGAACCCGGGGUCUACGUCAUCCGCGGCCGGAGCCCGCUCACCAACCUUUCGCUUCUAGCGCUGGGCCCGAUCCAAGCCGACGGCGCCAUGUUCUAUAUCACCGACUCCGCCUCCUACGACGCAACCACGGGCAUGCCGGACGCGGGCGUUGACCCGUCGACCGCCCCGCCGGCCUCCGUGGGAGCGGUAGUUCCGAGCGUGCUCCUCGCUCCGCUCCUGGCCGGCGCCGCGUACACCGGGCUGCAGGACCCAACCAGCCCCUACGACGGCGUGCUGGUGUAUCAGGCCCGGAGCGACCGUCGCCCGAUCGUGAUCGAUGCGCAACACCUCCUCGGGGGCGGCGCGCUGUCCGGGACCGUUUACGCCAAGUGGGGCCACACCAUCCUGCUGACGGGCGCAGGCUCGUGCGGUCUCCGGAUGGUGAGCGGCACCAUGCGGAUCGUCACGGUUACGGACGCCACCAUCAACCCCGUCGACCUGCUGCCCGCGGCACAAGACGUCUACCUACUGGAGCUCGCCAAGCUGGAGGCCGCUUCCAGCGACGCGCUGCUGUGGGUUUCGCGGUCCGGGGCGGUGCUGCAGUGGAACCACAUUGCAGAGAAGUUCUUCAGCUCCGGCCUGCUCAGGCGGCGCGUCAGCCUCGACGCGCUGGCCACGCCGGACAGUGGCGCCGGCCUGAGCCGAAGGCUCGCGGAGUGCCUGUGCCUGUCGAGCGUGGAGAAUGCCGCCCGCCGUGUCCGGUGCUCUGCCAACGGGUCGGACGGUCAGUCUUUCCCGGUCAGCGUCGACCUCUACCCGCUUGAGAACGAACCGUGCUGCUUGGUGGUGAUCGAGGACCAGACCCGGCACGAGGGUUCCGUGAAAGAGUUGCGCGACUACUCGCACCAGCUGCUGGCGACCAAGCAGGCCCUGCUUGCGCAGAACACACAGCUCGAGGAGACCGUGCGGCUGCGCACCGAGGAAUUGAGCCGGGCCAAGGACGAGGCCGAGUCCGCCAACCAGGUGAAGACCGAGUUCCUGGCCAACAUGUCCCACGAGCUGCGCACGCCGCUCCACGGCAUCCUCAGCUUCUCGCGGUUCGGACUUCAACGGACCGGCACGGCGCCCGUGGAGAAAAUCAGGGGCUACUUUACCCGCAUCAACGCCAACGGCAAGGUGCUGCUGGGCCUGGUCGAGCAACUCCUCGACAUGGCCCGGCUAGACGCGGGCUCCGAGACGUUCUCGUUCACCCCCUGCUCGGCGGCGGAGCUUGUCGACGAGGUGCUGCAGGAGUUCGACUCCCUCGCUGAAGAGCGCGGGCUUGAGCUGUCGUGGUCCGCACCCGAUGUGCCGGUAAUAAUCAACGCCGACCGGAAAAAGCUGGCCUGCGUGGUCCGCAACCUUGUCGGCAACGCGGUCAAGCACUCGCCCGACAGCGGAGUGGUGAGCGUUACUCUGGAGACAUCCGAUAAAUCCGGAGCGUGCGUCUUGCGUGUCCGCGACCAGGGUCCCGGCAUCCCGGAGGCGGACCUCGUAGCCGUUUUCGAGAAAUUCUUCCAGUCGGACGCGGGCGCGCGACUUGGCGUGGGCGCUGGCCUGGGUCUGGCGAUCGCCGAACGGAUUGUCCACCAGCACGAGGGGUCCAUUCGGGCCGACAACAACGAGGCCGGGGGCGCGGUGUUCACGGUCGAGCUCCCGAUCCACGCCACUGCAAACCCCGACACAAUCCUUGCGGUCGAUGACAACGAGGUGAACCUGGAGGUCAUCCAGGAAGCCUUAGACGGGUUCUACCGCGUCGCCACGGCGACCAACGGCGUCGACGGUAUCGCCAUCGCUAAACAGCUCCGGCCCCCGGUCGUGCUGCUGGACGUGAUGAUGCCGGGGCUCGACGGCUACCAGGUGUGCCGACAGAUCAAACAAAGCUACGAACUGGAGGGCGUGCGCGUCAUCAUGGUGUCCGCUCGCGUCGCGUUGAGUGACAAGCUACGCGGCUACGACGAAGGCGCAGACGGCUACAUCGCCAAGCCAUUCGAUGAGGAAGAGCUUCUCGCCAAGCUCGACUUCGCGAUCCGCGCCAGGCGACUCGAACAAUCAUGCGGGGCAAUCGGCGACGUGCUUGCGUUCGUAGCGACGCUGCGUGACACCGGGCGCCUGAGCAGCCUUGACCGCACUCGGGCAUUUAACCACCUCUUGGCCGAGAGAACACUCGACGCUUCUCCGGAACUGCUGGAGUGCCGCCAAGGAUUCCUCGACCAUUUGCACUACGCCUGCGUCCUGAAGGACGUUGGCAUGCUCUCCAUCCCGGUGCGAAUCGCCGAGGCGGCCGACCCCAUUACUCUCAGCCGCAACGACUACGAACUCCUCAAGGAGCACACCCUAAUUGGCGGACGUCUGCUCGCCCGGAUGGCAAAGCAGCACCCCGACACAACGCUCUUCCCUAUGGCGGCGGAGGUCGCCCAGUCGCACCACGAGCGGUUUGAUGGAUCUGGUUACCCGGAGGGGUUGCGCGGUGAUGAGAUCCCGCUAUCGGCCCGGAUCGUAGCCGUUGUCGACCGCUACGAAUCACUGCUCAACGCGGCGGGCCCCGGGUCGCGGCCUGGACUUAAUGCCGUGCACAAGCAACUCGCAGACGACUGCGGCAGCCUGCUCGACCCGGAUCUCACCACGCGUUUCCUGCAAGUGCUAGACGAUCUAAAUCGACCACCGCCGAUAGAAAGGGCGGUGCGUGGCUCCCCGCGUGGCUUCGCAUGGCCUAUAGUAGCAACUCUCCACGCUAUCCUCCGCUCUGGACACGGACGCCCGCCCAGCGAGAUCGACCACAUGACCCCCGGCCACGAACCGUACGGGCAGUCCACCGGGCUCCUCUCCGCAGUGAUGGCGUCGUGCCGUGACGCCAUCAUCGCCCGCUCUUUCGACGGCCGCAUUGAAGCCUGGAACCGCGGCGCCGAGGAGAUCUACGGUUACUCCCAAGACGAGGCGAUCGGCGAGAACGUUUCGCUCACCACGCCGCCAGACCGCAGGAGUGAGCUAAAGCGCCUGCGUGACGCGGCGCGGGACGGCCAGGUUAUCGAGAACUUCGACACGGUCCGUACCCGCAAGAACGGCGAAUCAUUCCCUGUGGCAAUCUGCGGGUUCCCCAUCAAGGACAAACAGGGGACCGCGGUUGGGUACGCCACGGUCGAACGCGACAUCUCCGACCGGGUGCGUUCCGCGGACGAGUUGCGGCGGGCACUGGCCGAGGCUCAGGAUGCGACCGCCGCAAAGUCGCGGUUCCUGGCGAACGCCAGCCACGAGCUGCGUACGCCGAUGAACGCGAUCGUUGGCAUGACAGCGCUCGCCCUCGAAGAAGACAUCUCGCUGGAGCUCCGCGACUACCUGGAGACCAUCCGCGACUCUUCCGACGCGAUGCUGCACCUCAUCAACGACGUGCUCGACCUGUCAAAGUUUCAGGCGGAAGAAUUCGAACUAGACGAGACCCCCUUCAACCCCCGCGAAUUGCUGGAAGGGGCCACCAAGGUGCUUGGUCCAGCGGCCCACGCGAAGGGUCUCGAGCUGGUGUGCCACGUCGCUCCCGACGUGCCGUCACGACUGAUCGGCGACCCGGUCCGCCUCCGCCAGAUCAUCACAAAUCUGGUGGGCAACGCCGUCAAAUUCACCGCCGCCGGCGAGGUUGUGGUGGAGCUGACAGAGGUGGAGUCGCACCACCGUCGGUGCCGGCUGGCGUUCCGCAUCGCGGACACCGGCAUCGGCAUCUCGGACGAGGACCAGACCCGUAUCUUCGCACCAUUCACCCAGGUAGACGGCGCCACCACGCGGCGGUACACCGGCACCGGUUUGGGGCUCACCAUCACCCAGCACCUGAUCCAUUGCUUCAACAGCCAGCUGCAUGUGGAGAGCGCGCCAGGCGCAGGGAGCGAGUUCUCGUUUGAGUUGACCCUCGCCAUCGACGACCAACCCGCGAAUCCCGACGCCGAAUUGACCGCCAAGAUGAAGGGGCUGUCGGUGCUGGUGGUUGACGACAACGAGGCCAGCCGUCAGACGCUAAUCGAGCAAUUCAACGCCUGGGGCAUGAAAGCCCUGGCCGUCGACAGCGGCGACGAGGCCGUCUCGCAACUGCGUGCCGGCGCCCCCGAUGGAGGCGGGUUUGACAUCGCGGUCGUCGACGCGCUGAUGCCAGGGAUCGACGGCUUCACGGUCGCGUCGCAGAUCGAAUCCGACGACUCGCUCGCGACCAAGCCGAUCAUUAUGGCGUCGGCCACCGACCGACUCGAGUUCAGCCGCCGCUGCGCGGAAGCCGGGGCGGCGGCGUUCGUGCAAAAGCCAAUCAGCCAAUCCCAGCUGCUGAGCGCUAUCGGUCAGGCGACUGGCGCGGCCACGCUCGAGGGGCAGCGCAAUCAGGGGCUGUUCGACAAGCCAAGCGUUCAGCCGCUCACCAUCCUGCUCGUCGAGGACACGCCCGCCAACCGGAAGGUGGUGCAAACGGUGCUCAGUCGGCGGGGGCACCACAUCGACAUCGCCGUGAACGGCCGCGAGGCCAUCGACGAGUUUCGCAAGAAGCCGUUUGAUCUUGUCAUCAUGGACGUGCAGAUGCCCAUCAUGGACGGGUUCCAGGCGACCGAGGCGAUCCGCGAAAUCGAGCGUAGCGAUUCACGGCCGAGCACCCCUAUCAUUGCGAUGACCGCACACUCGAUGCGGGGAGAUCGCGAACGGUGCCUGCGCGCCGGCAUGAGCAGUUACCUGUCAAAGCCACUCGACCUUGCGAAGUUGCUCAAGGUGGUCGAGAGCGUCGCCGAUCGGAAGGACGGGAGCGUCGCGUGGCCGUCGAACGAAACGCCGCAAAAAGCGCCGAGCGAGCCGGAUGCCGAGGCGCCGCCGAGCCGGCGACUGGUCGACUUGGACGCCGCGCUCAGCCGCCUUCGCGGAGACCGCAGCCUGCUCCGCGACAUGAUUGGCUUCUACCGCGAGGACGCCCCGACUCUACUUACCGCGAUCGCAGAGAGCCUCGAGGCUGGCAACCUCACGACGCUCGAGCGGGCCGCGCACAGUCUGAAGGGGCUGUCGGCGAACUUUGAUGCAGAAGCCGUGGUAAACGCUGCCCGCGACCUGGAGCUUGCCGCGCGAACCGGUGAAGAAGGUAAGCUCUCCAAACUGGCCGCUGACCUCACCAAGGCGGCCAACCAGUUGAUGGAUUUCUUCGAGGACUAUUUGGGAGGCGAAUAA